UCCAAACCAAAAACCACAUUUGUCAACAAAUCUUGUACCAUGGCGUUCCUGGGCCGUAUUUUUCGACGAGCAAAUCAUUUCGUUACCCUAAAACAGUACGAAAACGUUCAGGUCGCUCGUGGAAAUCCGCAAGACUUGGUGCAAAAGGUGUCCGUGGCUGAAGGUGGCAACUGUUUUGUGGCGUUCCAUCCCAAACCAGACUUCCCGUACGAGUUCAGCAAACCGAUUGAUCUAACUGCACCGGAACCGACCGCCAAUCUGGUACGAGAUGACAUAAUCAACAGUAGCCGGGGAGCGCUGAAAGCGAAGCAUCCCGAAUUUGUACGCCAGGAGCUAAGCAAAAUUACCUUCACAACGAAACACCGAUGGUUCCCGAGGGCGCGCGAUAAGCGGGCGAAAAAGACACCCAUGGAUCGGCCAUACCUGUAG